GGUAACCCAGCCAGCGUGAACACAUCAUCAUCAUCAUCGCCAUCGCCAUUCAAACGAACAGCUACAGCUACAGCACAUUGCACAAUAAUACACACACCACGACACGUCCCGUUAGUUAGUUACCAUCGGCCAAGCUAUCGACUAUCACCACGACGACCACAGUCUUUACGAACGCCCAUCAACAACGCGCAACCAGCUAGCUACAGGCGCCACAUCACAGCACAUCACCGUACGCCGACAAACACAACACAUGGCGCAGUUCUUCUCCCCGCCGCCACAACAAAGCGGCUACGGCGCACCGCAGUCGCCACAAAACCUGCAAUUCUACCAAUCCUCGUAUGGCGGACACGGCGGGGUGAGCGGGCACACAACCCCAGCUCAGGGAUACGGCGGGUUUGGGGGGAUGGGGAGCAUGGGCAGCAUGGGCAGCAUUGGGACCACGACCACGACCGGAGGUGUCGCGGGUGAACGUGGUGGUUUGACGAUGGGCUGGUUGGCAGCGUUCGGGACUGGUGGCUACGAUGAUGAACCGCCGCUGCUGGAGGAGCUCGGUGUCAAUUUUCGGCACAUCAAGGGAAAGACGCUGGCAGUUCUCAACCCCCUCCAGACCGUGGACCAGCACAUGAUGGACGACAGCGACGUAGCGGGACCGAUCAUGUUCUGCCUCGCGUUCGGCACGUUCCUGCUACUAUCGGGCAAGGUGCACUUCGGGUACAUCUACGGGGUGGCAUUGAUGGGCUCGGUGUCACUGCACCUGCUACUCAACCUGAUGUCGCCGCCCACGCACUCGCUCAACUACAUCCGGUCCGCGUCGGUGCUGGGCUACUGUCUGCUCCCGCUCGUUUUCACCAGCGGUCUCGGCGUCGCUUACCCGCUCGACGGUUUAGUCGGCUACACCGUCAGCGUCGCCGCGAUCGCUUGGAGCACCUAUGCCGCCAGCAAUAUGUUUGUCGGCGUCCUGGGCGUGCGCGAGAUGAGGUGGCUGGUCGCCUACCCGCUCGCGCUGUUCUACAGCGUGUUUGGCAUCAUGAGCAUCUUUGGUAGUAAGGCGAGCGGAGGGAUCCCAACGAAGGUGUAAAACGGGCGAACGGGGGCGCGUAGCUAGGGUGCUGGG